AUGCCUCUCGCCCGACGAUCAACCCUGACUGCAAUCUCGCUGCUCGCCCUUUGCCUGGCCUUCUACUACCUUGCCUGGCAGCCCGCACUGCCGCACCUCCGCUCGUCCCGCCCGCGUCCGCCGCCGACCACCGCGCCCUACGACCAGACGGCAUACCUGGACGAUGGCGGGCUCAACCCUGCGAGGCCGUUUGCUGGCCCCGCCAGCUCCGCCGCAACUCCACUGCGCGCGCUGACUCCGGACGAAGAUCCCUUCCGCCCCGGCAUCCCGAAGCCCGACGGCAACUACUCGCGUGUGCUCGUCGUGCCCCGCAUGAGAGAUGAGGAUGUAUCGUGGAUCGACGGCGUCCGUGAGGAGAUGCCCGACCUGCAGACGGCCGUUUACGUCAUGGAUGAUCCGUGGGCCGACUUCCACGUGCCCAAGAACAAGGGCCGCGAGAGCAUGGCCUACCUGACCUACGUGAUCGACCACUACGACGACCUGCCCGACGUCGUCCUGUUCUUCCACGCCCACAAGGUCGGAUGGCACAAUUUGUUGAUCCUGGGCCAGGACUCGGCUGAGAUGCUAAAGAUGCUCCGCAUGGAGCGCAUCUGGCGGACGGGAUACAUGCCCUUUAGGUGCGACUCCAAACCUGGAUGUCCGGACUGGUUGCACCUGGACCGGCCAGAGGUUGAUUUCGACGAACAUCUCCGCAUGGAGGAGAAGUACUACACUCCGCAGAUCUGGAGAGAGCUCCACCCUCCGGGCCUGGGCGGCAUGGGCGAGAUGCACCGCGUGCCGGGCGUCCUGAGCGCGCCUUGUUGCGCGCAGUUCGGAGUGUCCCGGGAGCGGAUCCGGGCAAAUCCGAAGGAAAUGUACGAGCACUAUCGGACCUGGUUGAUGAAGACGAGCCUGGAAGACCAGUAUGCGGGACGCAUCAUGGAGUACACCUGGCACUACAUCUUCACCAGGCAGUACCAGUUUUGCCCGUCGCCGCACACCUGCUACUGCGAUGGCUACGGCAUCUGCUUCGGCUCUCAAAUUGAGUACGAAAAGUACUCGGCGAAAGAGGAGCGCAAGUGGGAAAUUUGGGACAUUCUCAACGGCCAGCCCGAUAAGGCUACGGAGAACGAGGUCAUGAAGGAAUUGCAGAACUUGGACACGGUCAUGGACCGGAUGAAAAAGGAGGCCAUGGAACGGGGAAAGAGCGAAGAAGCUCGGCGGCUCGAGCGGGAACGGAUUCCUUUGCGCUAG